UAAGAAAACUAUACAAUUUCUUGAGCUACUAGACUAGGGGAAAAAGGAUGCCCAUGAAGAAGACUAGCAAGAGAAGCAAAUUAUACAAGUUCUUUCAAGCUCCCAUUUGGUGGUUGAUCAAGGCCAAGGACGUUUACAUCAAGAGCAUGAAGUACUCGGACCACCUUGGCUAUGGCACUAUCAUGGGUUGCCCUACAGGCCCUGUAGUGACCACUCUGCCGAAGAGUUCAAGUGCCAAUUCAACAAAAUCAAGCAGCCAUGGCGAUGAAUAUAAAGAGCUUUUAAAAGGUGGUUCCUCCAGGGAUUUAACUUUGAGCAAUAGGGUUCUUCAGAAACAGCAAUCUCUGCCUGAAAAAUCUUCAAAUACUUGCAGAGAAGCAGACCAUAUAAGUCCUAGGAGUUUUAGUGUUGGUAUUGGAAGAAUCGAUGAAGAAAAGCCUUGUGAUUUUGACGAAGAUGAUAUUAAGAUCACAACUGAUCUUCUCUUCCCAAGAAGCAGAAGCAAUGAUUUUUCUGAAAUCAAUCAUGGCCGCCGCUGAGUUUUCUGAUGAAACGAACAAAAGAUUGACUGUUUCUCCAUCUAUUUCAUCAGUUUCCUACUUCUGUUUUGUAUUAUAUCUGUCGUGUUCCAGUACGAUGAAGAAUAUGUAUUAUGUAGAACACAGAAUUCAAGUAUGAUUUCUUGUAUUUCAUGAAAUAAGGAGACGAGUUUGUGAAAUGAAACUUUGGUGUUCUAAGUCUCAAUCUC